AUGGCAUUAAAGAUCCCCCAGUCUCUAGAUCUUGGCCGUAAAGGUAGGGUUGGAUUCGAUAUCCUAGAUGUCAUUACGCCGCUCGGCACCAUCCACACUCACAUCAAGCAUCUACACUCGUGGGGUCAUGGGUGGGAGGAUUUGAUACCUUCUAUUGGGGUUACCACAAUUGUUGGCAACGGCUUCGGCGACCUUAUUCGGCCCGACAACCCCGACACUGUCUGCAGUCGUUGGAAGUCUAUCCCCGCGGGCAUGGACUAUGUGGCCACUUCUGUUCCACCCUCAAGAUGUUGUACGAAAAACAGCUACAGAGGAUCGAACCAGGCUUGGGCGUCGGCGAGAUCCCAAGCAAGAUCACAUGGGCCACGUCAUGUCAACCAUUCAAGCCAUGUGAGUGCCUGAGGAGCAAGGUAGCAGAUGGGAACUGACAUUUUGUCCCGGUACAGUUCCUUGGGUCGAAGAAAUUGUGCACGAACAUUAGACCGAGUGGCUCAAACUCGGUUAAUUUGGCAAAGCUUGAGGAGAAUGGAGCGGUGGUAUUUGGGCAUUUGUCAUUGCUAGGCUGAAGAAAGAUGGAAAAGCUGUCGAGCGUGGUGAGGAAGGCAAAGAGACAGCAUGUGCUAGAAAGAGCAGUAGCAGCAGCUAAGGGAUGCUUAGCUCUUCUACAGGUGGUUCAGUUGAAACCCAGUUAACAGCACGGAGUUCAGCGCUGUCGGCUCCUAAAGAGAUACAUGAAGACAGCAGCUCAGAGGAGAAAUGGAAAAGCGAAGACAAGUCAUUGAAUAUCUUCAGGAGAUGGAGGGAAAGGCGGCGGUGACUAUUGCCUUUUUUUUUAAAACAUCUCCUCGUUUCCAAACUCGAACAUGAAUUAACUUCUUUCAUUUUCCGCAAUUCUGCACUAAGCCCCCGUUUUAAUUCGCACGCAAGGACUUAAGUUAUCCUAUACCAUUGUUGUUUGGACUCAAACUUCCCUUUGUGGCCGAUAUUCUUUUCGGUUUGUUUCCUCUUUUCAUCUGUUCCUCGCUGGGCUCCUUGGGGCCUAUACGACGCCCAGUUUAUCAUCCUCGAAGACACUACGGACAUAAAUGCCAGACCGCAGACAGCUCCUCAUAAACCAAGAUCCCCGAUGAGUUUCUGGAGAACUACGCAGAAAUCAAGUUCGACAAGCACAGAAGUGUUUAGGGCAAGUUGAUAUGAUCCACUCCACUACCACUGCAGUUGAUCUGUUCAUACAAUGUUUUCACACCAUUUGAUGCAAAG